ACAAGAGGCCCAAACCUAGUACCAGUCCAAAUUUCCUUGUUCGUUUUCCAUAGAGAGUUCAAGUUUCAAGUUUCAAGUUUCAACAAACCCUUUGAGUUUGAGAGGUAGAAACCCAUCCAAAAAAAGAAGCAAUGGAAGGUGAGAAACCAACAACGCUAGUGUGCACAGUGUUAGCCAUAAACCACACCAACUUAUGCUACAGGGUCUGCGCUGUCUGUGAGAGGACUCGCCCUGACAACGAUCCCACUUCUCUCUGCAAAUUCUGCAACUUCAAUGCCUUCAACUCCGUCUCCUCUGCUUCCAAACGCCUCUUCCGUGUCCUUAUGUCAAUAGCAUCAGAUACAAAGGUGUUCACGGUGAUAUGCUUUGACAGAAUGGCUAAAGUUAUUUUUGGGUGCUCUGCUGAUGAGUUCUUUGACUUUGCCAAGCUUCAUCCUUUUGCUGCUGUAUCUGCUAGUAGAAUUCUUGAGGGAGAGAUGUUUAAAAUGACACUGUCCAAACCAAAGAAUGGUAAUGCACAACAUCUGCGAGUUGUUUCCAUUGUUCCAUUGAGAACAGGUUUUCAGCCAGCAAUUGAGACAUUAAGAAAAUUAUAUGGAAAACGAGUUGGUUGUUAACUGUUUUCGCUUAUUGUAUCUAUCACUGGGACUUCUAUGUACUUAUCUAAGGUUGAAGGACUCUGUCAUUUCGUCUUAUACUUGGGAGGGCUGGUUUAGAUGCCUUGUCUCAGUGUUAGAGGGAUUUAAGAAAAACAAAAGCCAAAAUCAAAAAAGAAGAAGCAAGAUUUACUCAGUGGCUGUUUCUCACAGGUAUUUAGACUGGGAUUGUUGAUGAUUUUGUGAUCAAAUUAGUUUCUAAUGUAUGAGACCUCAUCUUUGGGGUGCAAAUCAUGACGAGAUACAAACAUAUAUGGUAAAACUACAAUUUUCUCCCCUCUUAAUGAGAUCCAGCCUUUGUACAAAUUAUAAUCAAAGACCAUAUAUCAUGUUCAACUGAGUUUUAGUUAA